AUGGCUCUACAAUCUACCAAGGUCUUUGGUUUCGUCGGCAAACACUUUCAUGUCCCGGAAGACAUAGACGCCAUAAAGUUCGUUCAAGACGAACUUCGCCUACAACUUCCAAAGAUGACUCGCCGUGAAAAUACCUGCACCAAUCCCGAAGGCUUUAACAUCAUAGGUGUGCUUCAACCAAACUAUCUAUCUUCGUUGAAAACGAUCCUGAAUUUAGUGACUAACGUUUACGGCCAUAUAGAUGCCUUCAAUCGAGAGUUCAGCGAUCUGCGUCGAGACUUGGAUGAUCAGCGUCGAGAAUUGGAUGAGCACAAGCAACAGUCGGCAUCUUUACACAGAUCAUACCAGCGAAUGCGUCUACAAAUAUUGACCGACGCAUGCCACAGAACAACGUCACUCGAUCGACAAUUGCGAAACGAGUUCGCUCACGGAGCAUCUAUUGUAUACGACGCUCGUUUGAUCAAUAGUCAGAACCACCUAAGUCACGAGAAACUUAGAAACCUUCGUCAUGGUUUUCAGAGGAUCUAUCGAAUUGACCUUGAUGAGUUCCGGGACUGUUACAUCAACAAAAAUGCCCCUGAAAGAAUUACAGCCGCACUUGAUAUGCAAGUAAACAUCCGGCGACUACAUCAUUGGCAAAACGCCUCACGAGAUACCAUCUUCGCACUCGGAAACCGUUGCAACGAUAUUAUUCGCAAUUGGUUUGAGGCGAAGUUUAAUUACAACGACAAAUUAGAUGCACUUUGCCGCGCUCUAGAGAAGGAAUAUGACAUCGCUUUCCUGGAGCUAUCGCGCAAGUGA